AUGAAACCAAUCAUCAAAAGUACAUACGAAGAUUUCGCUAGAAAUACCAGCAUCCACGGUUUCCAAAACACCAUCGAUAGAUCCAAAUUUUCCAAGAAUUUAAACAAUGUGACUACUGAAGACGAUGUUAAAGAGGCUUUACCCAUACUCAUUUUAUUCACGAAUGCAAACUUUGCUGAAGUAAAUACAUCUCGUGAUUACUUAUGGCUGAAACAGUUACUAAACGUUAACGGAUACUCUGAACUUGACGCAUUUAAAGAGAUUUCGAUGAGCUGCGAGGAAAUGUUAGUUAAGUGUAAAUGGGAAGAACGGGAGUACAAUUGCUCCAGAUUAUUUACUGAAACGUUCACCGAUCAAAGCAGAUGCUGUUCCUUCAAUUCAGAUUUAACGAAAACCAGAAGUCCCAUUCAUACUAAAUACUUCGGACAGUACAUGGGGUUAAAAGUCAUUACAAACAAUUCCAACGACGACGAUCAAUUCAGUUUGAUUAGAGCUAAAGGGAUAACUGUAGCACUUCAUUAUAACGAUGAUUAUCCGGUUAAUGCUAAGUACAGAGUAAUAUCAUCGAGUUACAUUACGUAUUUUCAAAUAACAGGCACUAGUAUCGAGGAUUCCGAAGAGGUACAAAUGUUGCCGGUGGAUCAGAGGGAAUGUGUCUACGAACACGAAGUUAAACUUAAAUAUUUUAAUGGGUACUCCGAUAACAAUUGUCUAACGGAGUAUAUUCUAACGUAA